GUGGUCCUUGGAUACCUCGCGUUGUUUGUCUUGGGUGUUGGGGCGCAGCUUAGCGACGACAUGUCGCGAGAGCAGCUGAAGCCUUUGACGGCGUUCCGGCAGCAACAUCGUCGAUGGUCGGCUGUGUGCCGCAGCAUUUGUGCAGGACAUCUGGAUAAGCACGUGUACACUGGCUGCACCACCGUGCUGGGCUUAGUGCCUGUGGAGAGCUCCGAGCCCAAGUGGGUCAAGUGGCAGGUGGUGGAAGGCGGUGUGGACUCUUGGGGCUAUUGCGGUGCGACAGACUGUGGAGUGCUGCAGCCAGCUGAGUCAAAAAUGCUGGUUGUUUUGCCAGUCGUGGAUUAUGAUGCGAAGCGCUCCUUGGCAGCCGCCAACGUGGCGGCAGAGGUCCAGACCGUGCGUUCGCUGGUGAGCAAAUUCGGUAAAGCGCAGCGUGCUGCGGAAGAGACC